AUGGAUGCACUUAAUGACAGCCUACCUAGCAUAGAUGCAAAUCUUUCUGCACUUCUGUGCGAUCUCUACGCAGAAAAUUAUACCAUUUUCUGUAUGAAUGAUUAUCAGCCUUAUAAAGAUUUGGGCCAGACAGUUCGGAUUUUUCUGUAUUCUUUGAUCUUUUUGCUCAGUGUACUGGGCAACACUCUUGUAAUCAUUGUGCUGAUCAGAAACAAGAGGAUGAGGACCGUCACUAAUAUAUUCCUGCUGUCGCUGGCUAUCAGUGAUCUGAUGCUCUGCUUUUUCUGCAUGCCCUUCACCCUCAUUCCUAACCUCAUGAGGGAUUUCAUUUUUGGCAGCACUUUCUGUAAAAUUACCAGCUACUUCAUGGGUGUCUCUGUCAGUGUAUCAACAUUCAGCCUGUUUGCAAUAUCUUUAGAGCGAUACAGUGCUAUUUGCAAACCAUUGCAGUCUCGUGUCUGGCAAACAAAAUCACAUGCCUUGAAGGUGAUUGCUGCAACCUGGUGUGUCUCCUUUGCAAUCAUGACACCAUACCCAAUUUACAGCCAGCUGGUGCCAUUUACAACACUCCACAACCGCACAGCAAACAUGUGUCGCUUCCGUUCUCCAACCAAUGUGAUGCAGCAGUCUUGGUAUAUCUUCCAGCUGCUCAUUCUUUUCCUGAUCCCAGGGACUGUAAUGAUGAUUGCAUAUGGCUUAAUCUCCUUGGAGCUCUAUAGAGGGAUAAAAUUUGAUGUCAGUCAGAAGAAAUCGUCAAGAGAAAGGAAAGUGAGCAUCAGCAGCAGCAAAGAUGAAGAUGGCGAUGGAUGCUACCUUCAAAAAAGCAAGAAGAAGACAAAGAUGCCACUUCACCAACUAUCAGAAAAUAGCUGCAGCCCCAGAAUUGACCGGCCUCGAAGCAGCUGCUCUGCUGCUAACUUGAUGGCCAAGAAGCUGGUCAUCCGAAUGCUGAUUGUGAUUGUGAUUUUGUUUUUCAUUUGCUGGACUCCAGUCUUCAGUGUCAACACCUGGCGUGCCUUUGACGGUCCCUCAGCAACCUCCCUCCUCUCGGGAGCCCCCAUCUCUUUCAUUCAUUUGCUUUCCUACACAUCUGCCUGUGUGAAUCCCAUUAUCUAUUGCUUCAUGAACAAGCGCUUCCGCAUGGGUUUUCUGGCAACCUUCACCUGCUGCACCAAGCAAAAACUUCCAGCAGUUAGAGCAGAGAUGGCAGAGGAAGAAGAAGGGAAAACCACCAGAGCCUCACUUUCCAGGUACUCAUACACCCAUGUAAAUGCGCCAGCUCCUCCUCCAUGA